UAAACAGUGGGAUAGAAUAGAGCGAUGUCUCCAAUAUCAGCCAUUCAUUGAGCUUCCCUCCAUCCUCCUCUUCCUCUUCUUCAUCAUCGUCGUCUUCGUUCGCCAUUGGACCUUUCAACUCUUAACCACAAGACCCUAAUUCAACACUUUGUCUCAGUCUCAGAUACAUCUUUGGUCAGAAGGAUAAAUGGAAAUGAAUGGAUCAGAGAUUGAUAGAACAAGAGUUGGGUCCGUUAAAGCAGCGAUUAGCUUUUAUGGUGAUAAGAUUGGAGAUAGUAAUAGCUCUUUAUUGAACAAAACCUACAUGGGUUUCUCAGCGCCAUCAUCAAGAGCAAAAGAAACCCAGAAAGCAACAUGGGAGGUUGUUGAUCCGAAGAAAGAGCGCAGAUGGGCUGCAGAAUUUGAGCGAUCCAAUGCGAAGAAUACUGUGAAAGGUCUCUCUUCAAAGAUUGAGGAGUCAAGCUCAAAAUCUAAGGCUUUGGUUGUGAGGAGAAAUGAGAGUUAUGAUUAUGAGCAAGUCACGAGAGAGUUGGAAUUUAUUAAACAGGAAUUGCAGAAGCUCAAGCUUGAUGUUGCUUCUGUUAUGGAAGAGAAAUUGCGAGCUGAGGAGGAGUUUGAAUCAUCAAGAUCAAAGAUUCUGUCAGGUUCAAGAGCUGCAGAAGAGCUUAGGAACGAGAUUGAGGAUGCUAAUGAAGACCAUGUGCUUGCAGAAUUGGCCAGAAUUGAGGCUUUGAAAGAGUCAAGAGACAUUGAAACUCAGAGAGAGAGAGAAGAAUCUGAAUUCUUGUCUAAAAUGGAAACUGCUAAGAAAAAGAUGGAGGAGGCUACUGAUGAGAUAGAAAGGUCAAAAGAGCUUGAAAUGAAACUAGCUGCGACAAUGUCUGAUGUUGAAAUGUUACAGAGUGAACUGAACUUGGUAAGAGAAUUGGAUGAAUCAAAAGGCUCUUCUUUGUUACAGAAUAUAACACAAGAACUGGAAGCAGCAAAGAAAGAAUUGGCUUCAAGCAAAGAAGAAGGUUUUCAAUUUAUGGGCUCCAUAGAUGUCAUAAGAAAUGAGCUGAAUCAUGUGACUACCGACUUGGCUCUGGUGAAGAAGGAGGAGGCAAAAGUGGAAUUGAAAGUUCAGAAUCUGAAUUCAAAGAUUUUGAGAGCAAAAUCAAAACUGGAAUCCGUAUCUAAAGCUGAAGAAAAAGCCAAAUCAAUAGCCAUGAGCUUAUCACUUUCUCUUGAUGAACUAAAGGCAGAAACAGAAGCAGCAAGAAAAGAAAAGGAGAUUAUUACUCAAGAGAAUAGAACCACCAAAGAAGAAAUUAAAAGAACUGAGCUUGAGAUUGACAUGACUGAGGAAAAAUUACAAGCUGCAGUGCAAGAAUUGGAAGUGAUAAAAGCAUUAGAAAGUGAAGCGUUGGAGAAGCUGAAAACUCUCACUGAAAAUGCUAUGAGAGAAAGAGCUUUAGCAGCCAAGCGUAGUUCAUCAAUUACUAUCUCAAAGUUUGAGUAUGAGUAUCUAACUAAUCAUGCAGCUGUGGCUGACGAAAUUGCUGAUAAAAAAGUCGAAGCAGCACAUGCAUGGAUCAAAGCUCUCAAGGCAAGUGAGCAUGACAUAUCAGUAAGGACUAAGAUAGCUCUGAGAGAGAUUAAAGAGACAAAAAUGGAACGAGAGAUAAUGGAGGUUAAUGCGAAGGAGAAGCUGAUUUCAAAAAGAGUUAGCAGAGAUAGGUUAGAGAAUCUGGCAAGAAAACGUGAGAAAGUUUCGAGUAAUUACAACUUGCCGCGGUCAACAUCCAGAAAGAGCAUCAAAUUAUCCAAUGGUAUGGUUCCUGCCAGCUCCAAGCAAGCCAAGUUUCAGAAGUCAGCUUCACCAGCAGGUAAGCUUGUGAGUCCUUUCACUAUGAGGAAAAAAAAGAUGGUAAUCACGCAUUUGGCCAGCUUUUUUAGAGGCAAGAGAAACACCAGGAAUUCAUACAAGAGAGAGAAUGAGAGAAAACAAUAGGAAUCUGUAAAAUUUGCUUAAAAUGUAGCAGAAGGGAAGAGAGUGAGGUAAACAUGUAUAUUCCUCUCCAUUCCCUUCUCUUUAUAUUCUCUUUUCCACUUUUGAUCUAUUCCCCCAAUGCUCAUCUUUCAUCUUCAUAUACUACAUCCAUGGACCAUGACACUGGUUUUGGUUUCUCAUCCUCCAAAUAUUGUGAUUUUAUUCCUCA